CAUGUUAGAGGCUGGCAGGACCGCUGAACCGCGCGUCUAGUCGGGGUAACGACACCCUUUCAGAGAUGGGCUACUUUGCCCAACGAGGAAGGCGACGAAUUUGAACUGCGUAGCUACAACCUGGGCUCGGCGUGGUGUUUCUGGACGCUCAUAUGCAGGAGUUAAUCAAUGUUUAAAAUGUGGGAGAUGGUGUCGUUACCGAGAGCGAGCUCUCCCUUCCUGUCGUCUAGGACAAGAUGGCAGCAAUGCAGGCGAACUGUGCAUGGUAUGGAUAUAUAAGUCCAUAACAUGUUCAGAGAAGCCCUGGAUUAUACUAAUAGUGACUCUAUGUGAAGGUAUGGCCUCACAGGUCUUGGUCUACCCACCACACAUUUAUCAAACCCAGACAAGUGCCUUUAGCAGUGUGAAGAAACUCAAAGUUGAGCCCAGCAGCUGUGUGUACCAUGAGAGGGCACACCCGCGGACUUAUCUGAACAGCAGAACCCUUGGCAUUGUGCACCCAACGAAACAAGCCCACUCAUUUGUGCGCCGAGACUUGGCAGUGGGUGUGAAAGUGCGUGGAGGACAAGAGUACCCAGUUCAGACGGUGGUGGUGCGUGGCAUACAGAGGCAACAGCCCGGUAAAAGAGGAGGAGGAGGUGGACCAGGACCAGGCCCAGGCCCAGCUGCGGCCCACCAGCAACAGGACGCAGGGGUAGUCCACUUGCAGGGCGAGGAGCAGCAACAGACAGAUACAGCAAGUGGGGGCAGCAGUGGAGCAACAGGGGCAGGAGGAGGGGGAAGGGGAGAGGGCUGCAGUGGAGGAGGGGAGGGAGGUGGAGAGGAGGAGGGUGACAGAGACGAGAACUGUGGAGGUUUGAACUCAGCUGACAGCUCUCAGCGAUGUGGGCUGAAACGUAAAAGUGAAGAGCUGGAUAACCGAGGGAGCACCAUGCAGAUUGUGGAGGAACUGUCAAUGUUGCCUGCCAUGUUGCAAACGACGAAUGUGGGGAACGCAACCAUGACUGCACCUGCAGCCGUGGGAGCUGGUGGGGGGCCCUCCAAACAGGGUGUAGGACCAGGGGUUGUAGGUGCAGCAGGGGGGACGGGUGGAGGGGAUGGGGAUUAUCAGGUAGUACAGCAUGAAGUUCUGUGUUCCAUGAAGAAUACUUAUGAAGUGCUGGAUUUCUUGGGACGUGGCACUUUUGGCCAGGUUGUAAAGUGCUGGAAAAGGGGCACAGGUGAGGUAGUGGCUGUGAAGAUCCUGAAGAACCACCCCUCAUAUGCACGGCAGGGUCAAAUCGAAGUCGGCAUCCUUGCUCGUCUGAGCGGGGAGAAUGCAGAUGAGCACAACCUGGUGCGAGCGUUUGAAUGCUUCCAGCACCGCAGCCACACCUGCCUGGUGUUUGAGAUGCUUGAGCAGAACCUGUACGAUUUCCUGAAGCAGAAUAAGUUCAGCCCGCUGCCCCUUAAAGUGAUCAGACCUGUGCUACAGCAGGUAGCUACAGCUCUGAAAAAGCUGAAGAGCAUGGGUCUGAUUCAUGCAGACCUCAAGCCGGAGAACAUAAUGCUGGUGGACCCAGUGAGGCAGCCCUAUAGGGUGAAGGUGAUAGACUUUGGCUCAGCUAGCCAUGUGUCCAAAGCAGUGUGCUCCACGUACCUCCAGUCUCGGUACUAUAGGGCUCCAGAGAUUAUUUUGGGAUUGCCGUUUUGUGAAGCCAUAGACAUGUGGUCCCUAGGCUGUGUGAUAGCUGAACUUUUUCUGGGCUGGCCCCUAUACCCUGGGGCCCUGGAGUAUGACCAGAUUCGAUACAUUUCUCAGACACAAGGUUUGCCAGGAGAACAUUUGUUGAAUGCAGGAACAAAGACAGCACGGUUCUUUUGCAGAGACUCUGACUCACCAUAUGCAACAUGGAGACUAAAGUCAACAGAUGAGCAUGAGACCGAGACGGGAAUGAAAUCAAAGGAAGCACGGAAGUACAUCUUCAGCUGUUUGGAUGACAUAGCGCACGUGAACUUGGUGAUGAAUCUGGAAGGUAGUGACUUGCUAGCAGAGAAGGCAGACCGUAGAGAGUUUGUGGGCCUGCUGAAGAAGAUGUUGUUGAUUGAUGCAGAAGAGAGGAUUGCCCCCGCCGAAGCUCUCAGCCACCCGUUUGUGACAAUGCAACACCUGCUCGACUUUCCCCAUAGCAACCAUGUGAAGUCAUGUUUCCAUAUCAUGGAUGUUUGCUGGGCUCGUCCCAGUGCAUAUGAGGCAGCCAACAGAAAUAAAGGUCCUUUUGUCAGACCUGUGACUACAACUGCCGCUGCCUCUGUCAACCACCCAUUCAGCAAGAUGACAGGUGUCCACACUCAAGGGUUAGCCCCAUCAGCCCCAUCAGUGAUGCACCCCAGGAUACCACUGCAGACAGGAAGUGGUCAGUUUGGAUGCAACGAUUCAUUUCAGCAGGCACUCAUUUUAUGUCCCCCAACCAUUCAAGGAAUCCCCGCCAACACAGCUAAACCAGCAGGCUACUCUGUUCGAAUGGAGGCUUCUGUGCCUCUGGUCACUCAAGCACCCCCCAUCCAGCCCAUACAAAUCAGACCUGGAGUUAUCACACAGGCCUGGUCCAGCCGUGCACAGCAGAUCUUGGUGCCUGCUUGGCAGCAGGUGACAUCAGUCCCCCCCCCACCAACCACUUUGGCAUCUGACACUGUGGCGGGCUCACAGAGAUUGGGUGACUGGGGGAAAGUGCGUCCCCAUGGCAAUCAUUACAGCUCCAUGAUUGCACACCCUCAGCCAUUCUUAACCAACCAAAUGACCAUGUCCACCCACCAGCCAAUCAACAUAGGCAUUGCACAUGUGGUGUGGCCACAGCCAGCUGCCAACAAGAGAGCUAAGCCUUGUGUGAACAGGGCCAGCAACUUCUCCCAAAACACAAACAUCCAAAAUUUAGUAUGCCAGUCCCCAAAGAUGGCCGAUAUAGCAAAGAAUGUGCAGGAGGUAGAGGAGGAGGAAGCCAGAUGCCCAGAGGCAGGGCACACUGCUGGAGAGGAGCAAGGAACAGAGCAGGUGGAGGAGGAUGAAGAGGAGAACUGCUGUAAAGUCGAGCCAGACUGUGAGGAGCUUUCAGUUUCGCAGGAGCAGCGGCAGGCCAUGGUGAUCUCUGACCUAGCUAGCCCAACUGUCAGCGUCAUCAGUAUCAGCAGCGACGAAGAGGAGAGGGCACAAAGACACUCGAUGGGGGAGUGUAAGGGUAGUGCAGAUUGUGAGGCGUGUCAGAGCACUGUCAAUAUGGAGAGAGUCUGCUCGCUCAGCAGUCCAGACAGUACACUCAGCACCAGCUCUUCAGCCUCAGCCCAGUCCAGCACAUCACCCUGCAAACACCCCAACAGUAUGUCAGACGAUGAACAGGAGAGCGGUUGUGACACGGUGGACAGCUCGCCUGCCUCGGACACCUCUGGCCACAGCAACAGUCCCUUCACAGAGCGACGUUUCAUCGCUGGCAGCAAUCAGAACUGCGAGCCCCGUGUUGCGUGCGUUGCUCCAGAGACGGAGCCCAGCAAGCCAACUGUUCGUACUGUCGUGGUGCCUCCAAUGAGGGUGCAGAACAACAACAACCCUGCUAUCAUUGGUGAAACACCUGGCAGCACAGUCUUAGAGUCUUCGUGCCAGUCCAAAGGGCGAGGCAUUCCUGGGCGACAACAUCACCACUCCACUCCCCUCCUCAACAGGCCGCAGAAGAUCACCCCUGCAUUCCAGCCCCAGCAGCAGCAGCCUAUAGGCUUUGGGCAGGUGCAGCAUUUCGGUUCCUGCCAUCAAGAAUGGAACGGCAACUUUGCCCACCGGAGACCGCAAGCCUAUAUCCCUCCCACCAUGCAUGGGCACACAUUCACCCUGUCCCACAGCAGCCCAAACCACACCACAGGGCCGCACCCCCACCUUGGGGGCCACCCGCACUCCCAGCCAACCUUACUGUCCUACCCCCCUUCUGGUCCUCUGGUCACGGCUGCACCCGUGGCCCACCUCCUGGCUUCCCCCGUAGCCUCCCGCCCUGUCCUCCAGCCUACCUACAGCAUCUCCCACCCAGCAGGCAUCGUGCAUCAGGUCACAGUGGGCAUCAACCCCCGGCUGCUGCCCUCCCCCACCUUGCACCCCCAGGGCCAAUUCAAGCCACUCUUUCCCCCGCACUCCUACAUUGCCUCACCUGCCUACGCCAGUUUCCCUCUCAGCCCCACCAAAAUAAACCAGUACCCUUACAUCUGAGCAUGGCUGCCCAGGUACCCUUCAUACCACCUGAGGGCUAAGUGAACAGGGCGAAUUCUAUCUUAAACCACAAACAUGGUUUUCAUUUCCAAAACCAUGGCACAACCACAGAGAAAGCAAGCUAUUUUUUCAAUCAUGUAGACUUGGGUGUAAUUGAACUUCAAGCUUUAAAAAAAAGAAAAAAAAAGAUUUCCAAUGGUGGAGAUGAUUGGGCAAAAAUUAAGAAGGAAAUAAUGUAUGAAUGACUGAAUGAAAGAAUGAAUGAGUAGUAAAACUCACACUUAAUGUGUUUUGCACAUUUGAUAUAUCUUUGCAUUGGAUCUUCUACGAAUACUCCUCAAAACAGGUAAAUAAUUGGGGUGGUGUUGAAUAGUUAGGACUUUGCACCCCUGAUCCCAGCUAUUUUUCUAUAUUGCCUUCUUACGUGUGCAAGACACAUUCAUAUUUGUAAAGCCAUCCCAGUCUCUAGCUCUAGAUUGACAGAUGCACAUGUUGUCCACGGUGUAUGUUGUACUGCGUUUGAAGUAUUUGUACCUUUUUGGUGUCUUUUGGUGUUAGCAAUGUCAAGUCAAUUAACCGAUUUAAAUAGGGUUGUUCCUCACGCUGCAUGUGGUCUUGCAUGAGCAAAAAUGUAAACGGAAAGAUGCAUAGACGUUGCUCUUAUUGUUCGUGUCACAAGACUCGCUGCAUUGUAUAACUGUCCCCAGCCAUAGUGCCUUACAUAUUUGAGGUUGUUAAUGUUACUACUUAUAUAUGACUAUAUACAUGAAUAUUAAUGUACUGGACUGCAGCACUUGAAAUUCCAAUCAGUUGAUGCAUCCUAUGUGUGAGUAUAUAUAUAUGCACAUGUGUAUAUGUCCAUGCAUAGCCUGCAUUGAUGUGAUGUAUCGCGAAUAGCGGUGCUUAUUUUUUGGAGUCAGUGUAUAUUUCAGUGUGUAGUGAGUUACUUUUCUGUUCUUUCAAGAAGAACAGCAUGCUUUGCUGUUGCGAAUGCUUACUGUUUCAUUAAAAACUGUUCAUUUUCUUUUUCUUUCAUUCUCCCUUUCCCGAAUGAACUAGUGUACAAAGUGCAAGUACUGAGUAUUGCUUAAUAUUUGAUAAUCACUUUGUAUUUAGUGAAACUCUUAUUACGAGCAGUAUUUGUACUGUUUGAUGAAACUGCAAUACAAUCUAAAUAGUCGAUUAUUUUUCUUUUUCUUUUACGUCUUCGUAUUUCAUUUUUUGAGUGUUUUCACUUUGUUUCUUAGAUGUUUAGAAGUGUGGUGGGCAUGGCUUUGAUUAGGUAAGGAAAAAAUGCAAAUUAAUUCAUCGUAUGGAAUCUUCUAAGCCUGAGCAAACCAUGCAGUAUUUGAUAAACACAUAUAUGGACAUAUAUUAUAGAGCUAGACUAUUUAGUACAGAUGCUUGAUAAGGUGUGAGUUAAUUGUGUGCAAUUCUCUCAUUUAUGCAUGUGUGACAAAGUUAACUUUUUCCCUUUACAUUAUACCAUUUGUUAAAGGCUUAAGGCUUAUCGGUGUCAACUGCUUAUUUUAUACAUUCCGUCAGGGAGGAUAUCUAUCUAUCUAUCUAUAUAUAUAUAUAUCUAUAUAUCUAUAUAUAUAUAUAUAUAUAUAUAUCUAUAUAUAUAUAUAUAUAUAUAUGAUGGUAGUACCAGUCUAUAUAUAUAUAUAUACAUAUAUAUAUGUAGAUAUGCUGUGUGUGCAUUUUUCUGUUCAUUUUACUAGUUAUGUGUGUACAUUUUUUUUGUCUUUUAUUUUCAAAUGAAGUUGCUUGUGCAGCACCAAAGACUGUAAUUCAUUUCCUGAGCAAGGUAGCUAUUCUGUUUGCAUAGACCUCAGUUAUACUGUAGUUGUAGAAUGGGGUUAAAUGAAAACAAACAAAAAAAUUGUAUUUAAAAAAUGGCCGAGGUUUUGUCUAGCUUAUUGGGCAAUUAAUAAGUCGUAUCAUUUCUUCUUGAAUGUAUCAUAGAUAAGCUGCUAUAUGAUGAUUGCCACUUCAAUAGCUGUGAAAUUAGGUGAUUUCUCUGAGUUAAAACCUAGCGUUGCUAUUUUUGUAUAGGUCCCUAAUUAUCUGAAAUAGAAGUGGUUUUGAUUUUUGUGUUUUGCGUUCAUAUUUGGAGUGUCAUUGUAACUACUGUAUUGCUGAUGAUGAACAUUAGUUGCAUUCGUUGUUUCUCGGGGUGUGUGUUUUUGCAUCAGUAUUUUAUCCUAAUUAACCUUUCGGGCUCAUCACUGCAUAUAAAUGAUGUAUCGAUGUAACUUAAUUUUUUUUUGUAUGUUUUCAUAUUGACGUUUUGUACACAUGGAAAGCUGUAGCUUGCAGGAUUGAUUUAACUUCUUCAUUGUAGUAUACUACCAGUACUCUUUGGUGUGUUACAGGAGCACUGUGAGAUGCCAGAAAGAAAAAAAAAAUCCAUCGCGUUCAUUGAAAAACUUCAGUAACGUUUCCACCAAUUACACACAAACGCACUCGCCACUAAGCACUCAUACAGGUAGUUCGGCUUGUAAGGGUUUGGGUGAUUAGACUGUGUGUCCAAAAAUAAAUUUAGCCCAAUGUUUCUGUUCCAAAAGAAUGUUUUACAACUUGUUUUACCGUUGAAUUGAUUUGAACAAAUAUUUAUUGCAAACUUUUAACUGUUCAAUGUUAUAUCUGGCUUGAAUAUCAGUUUCACAGUUUGAUAUUCUAAACUGCCUUGUGUUCAGAUCGCUCUCCCCUUUAUGAGUGUCUCCUAUCGAAAAGAUGUUUUGUCAGUGCAAAACUGUGGCCAUUGUUGCGUGUUCCUUACUGGAAUUGAGACAGUGUGAGCAGCACUGCGUAUGUGCCUUGAGAUUCAGAAAGUGAGAAUUCAAGAUGAUGAUUCCUCACCGCUUAGUUGAGGAGGAAGGCAUAGAAUCGGAUAACAGUCCAUUACCUAUAGAGUAGACAGUCUUUUAACGGCCAAGUGGAACCCCCCCCCCACAAACUAGGAUUUCAUCAGUGUCAUUCCAGGGACUUGUGCUCCUCUGAUCAGCUCAUAGACACCACAGAGGACACGUACAUGGUGGUGGCUCUCCUUUUCUUUCAGAUAGCCGCCACCAAAUCCUCUCUGUGGUAACACACCGAUAAAACACACACACAUACACACACACACACUUUGAAUGAUAUGACACUCAAAUCUAUGGAUAGUCACUCUGGCUGAACAGCAGAUGCAAUACUUUACAUUGUGCGGUCAUUGCACCACCAAGUGUUCUUAGAUAAUCUCCAUGCUUUACAUUACCUUGCAUGUACGCCUAAAUUGCUUCACUUUGUCUGCCUCGAAGCUGUCUGCUCAGAGCAGCUUUUCCAUCGUGCAGAAGUUAUGGCUGAGCAGAGUGUAACCAGAGCGCAGUUGACGACACUGGCCUGUUAAAAAUCAGAGCAGCCAGGAGUAGUCUUAUCUGGAUGUUUAUUCUGUGCUCUGCAUGGAAAGUGCUCUGUCAAGGAGAUUAUUGUGGUUUCUCUGCACAGUCAGUCAUGAGUGCAAUACUCCACAUAUAAACAUUGACAUUGAUAUGGUUGUAUGUUUUUAAUGGCGUUUUUGUUCUCUUACCUGUAUGCUUUACUGAUCAUACUCCAGUAUCAUUUUGGGAAAGAAAGCCCAUGAUGGCAAGGCAUGCACUUAACAGAUUAGUGCUUGAAAUAGUUCCCCAAUAAGAAGCAUGUGAAAUGUAAUCUGUGUUUUAAUUCCUCCAAAGGUAUUCACCAGCAAUGCGCCUGCAUAAACUCUCCCAUACAUGUUAGUUAAAGAAUGGAUGCAAGAGGAGAGAAAUCUUAAAAGUUUUUAAUUUUCCACACGAUUGACACCUUGGUUUAUGGAUAACUUUUUUUUUUGAGGAUUCACGUAACAUUUAACAGAUAAAACAGUUGUUUGUAAAAUUGCUACUAUUAAAGUUCUGACUUUGAUAUCAGAAGAAAAAUCCUCUGCUGCGGUAUUAUCCUUUAGAGAUGUUAAUUCAGGGUCUGUAUUGGUCUAAAUGUGCUACUGUGUAACUCUUUGAUUUGAUUUGAUGAGGUUUGUUUUCCUCGAGCUCUUGUUUUGAGUUUUCUGGUCAUCUGUAUAAACUUCAGAGUUAAUUCAUACUGCAAGUUAUGGAAUCAUCUGUUUAGAUUGCUCAUCAAAUAGACUUGAUUAUGAAAUCUGAACUGUUACUGUUUUAAUACCUGUAGAUCUUUUGUGGCUUUGUUUUUUUGUUUUUGUUUCAUUUGCUUUUUUAUUUUGUGCUACACUAGUUUGCCAUGUAGCAAUUGCACUGUGCAAUAUUUACAGUAUGAGGACUGGGAAAACUAACUCUAUGGAUGUGAUGUCUAUUUACAGUUUGCGAUAGUGUUUCCUCUCUAGUUCUCAGUGAUUUAGGUGUGACCAAGCCUUCUCUACUUUGUCACAUUAAGCGGGUUUUCCAGGUGACUCUUUUGGUGAGUGUCAAAAUAAGACUUUAUGGUGUAUUAUUGUUAAGAUUCACUUUGAAUUAAAAAAAUCUAUUGAUGCA